UCAAAGACUAUAUAUAUCUCACCUUCAAGAACUAAGAGAAAGCUACACAUAUAUGGCAAGUCUCAAGUUAUGGGUUUGUUUGGUCUUGCUUCUAGUACUCAAAUUGACCUCGGUGAACGAAUGUAGACCUUUGGUUGCGGAAGAGAGCUUUUCUGGUUCAAGCCGUUUGAAAAAGAUUAGACGUGAACUUUUUGAGAGGUUAAAAGAGCUUAAGGUGAGAUCAGAAGGCGAAAUGACGAUCCUUGGAGAUACUCUUGACUCUAAGCGGCUUAGUCCCGGUGGUCCUGACCCAAGGCAUCACUGACUUAGAGGAAUGCAAAAAAAAAGAGGGUGUAAGGUGACAUUCUUGGGAGAGGUUUUAAUAUGAUUACAACUUUUUAACUAAAUCGUUACGGUGUAAUGUAUUCGAGCUCUAAUCUUCAAAAACAGGAAAGAUAUGUGUCUGUCACCUAAAGCAGCUUGCUCGAUAUAUAUAUGUAAUGUGAGUAUGUGACAUUCUUAUGUUACAUUAUCGUUUGCCUCGUCUUGGUUAUUUAGAGAUUCUCUCUAUACGAUUUUUAGUUCGUUCGAUCGGUUUGGGUUUGCAUAUACAUGCAUGGUACGUCAAAUGAUUUAGGUACUUCAGUAGUUUGCGAUUGUUCAUGAAUGUUUCUCUAACAAAUCUAUACUAUUUAUAAAAGCACUAUAUUUAGCUUAUUUCUGAGAGCCA